AUGCACACCCUCUGCAACAACGAAUCUAACAGUUUCACACGACACAGCUCUUACUAUUCAAACCGUAGCUCUGCCCUCGCGUCUCUCCGAACAAGGUCCUCUGUCCGACCUCCAAUCUAUCUCAGCGUCACGAAAGGUCUUGUCCCCGACACAGUCUUUGCCAUGUACCUUUGCAGAGGAGACAUCAGCAAAACAAACUGCUCAAUCUGUGUUCGGACCGCAACUUCAGAAAUAAGAGAAAGUUGCACUUAUCAAAAGGAAGCUCUCAUAUUCUAUGAAGAGUGUAUGGUUCGUUACUCUGAUAAUUCCUUCUUCGGACUCCUAGAUGGACCUAAAAGCAAUGCCAUACUAUACUCUCCCGAUAAUUUUUCUGCUACGAGUCGGUUCCAACAAACAAUUUCUGGUAAGAUGGACCAACUUAUCCCGAGAGCAGCUUCGACGACUUCGUUGCCGAAACCAUAUUUCGUGCAGGAUAAACAACGUUUGACUGAGUCCGGUAGCUCGUAUACAUUAGACUCAGUGGUGCAGUGUCGUCCUGAUCUUGAUCCAAGCAACUGCACCAUCUGCUUGAGACUCGCGUUCCAACGUAUCUUGGACUGUUGCAGCCGGUCUCGUUCGGUUCAUAACUUCCGUCCUGAAUGUCUCAUCAAGUAUCACAUAAAGCCCUCGCCACUGAACGUCCCGAGUCAUGGUGUUAUUAAAGUCAAUGUCCGGCUUCUCCAUGAACUUGGAGACUACCAUACCGAUAGCAAAGACGAGAGGCCACACAGAUACUUUGAUGGGACCGUCCUGUCCUUUAUCGAUGGAGAUACAAUUGAUGGUCGACACGAUUAA